CAACAGAGUCCGCGUUACGUAUUGUACGGCAGAGAGCGUGGAGACAACAUGGCGUACACAGGGACGCAGUUUCAUAUACUCCCAAAAGGUUGACGCGCUGCCGCAGUUGCUAAGGGACGGCAGAGGGGAGGGUGUAUAAUUGGCUGGACUCGCCUUGUUGCCGUGGCGACGGCAGGGGGUUUGGUAGCGUUGCUGUGCGGUGUGAUUUCUGCGCUGCGUGGAUGGAGGAAGCUUGUAGCUGCUGAUCUCUGACACACACAGCGACAGGCAUCUAUAUGCACAUAUACUGAUUCAGUGCCAUAUUGCAAAACAGGCACGACGUGCAUGAAUAACACCAGGGUUUAAUGGGUCCUGUAAUUGGAAUGUCGCCAGAUAAGAAAGCGGAAACCCCUGGUGUACAAGAGCUUGUGGGAUCACGGGCUGCCACGUGCGGAAUGGGCACCCUGCCGGAAGCAGAGAGUGCGGCCAGCCCCAAAGCGACCAGUGUGGACAAGGGGCUGGGCGAUGACGAGGAGCUCACCAACCUCAACUGGCUGCACGAGAACCUGCUGCAGAACUUCACGCUGGGCACUGAGGCCCAGCCCAGCGUCAGCCCUCUGUACGACAUCGAGGGGGGCGGCGCCGUGCCAGCCUCCUCCUCCUCCUCUUCCUGCUCCAGGGCCCAAGAGAAGGACUCGCUCAAGUCCAAGCCCCCCUACUCCUUCAGCCUCCUGAUCUACAUGGCCAUCGAGCAGUCCCGCAACAAGUGCCUGCCCGUCAAGGAGAUCUACAGCUGGAUCCUCGACCACUUCCCUUAUUUUGCCAAUGCCCCCACGGGCUGGAAGAAUUCAGUGAGGCACAACCUGUCCCUGAACAAAUGUUUUCGGAAAGUGGAGAGGAAUCUGGGCAAGGCGAACGGGAAGGGAUCCCUGUGGUGUGUGGACCCAGAGUACAGACCCAACCUGAUACAAGCACUGAAGAAGCAGCACUUCCCAGCAGCACAUGCAUUCUGCACACCACCUGCCUCUCCUCCAAGUGGUUCCUCACCUCCUCGACAUUUGAUUCUUCAAGAUCAAGGAUGUUCUCUAAAAGAGUCUGAUAUUGAUGCUGCCACUGCCAUGAUGCUUUUAAAUUCUUCCCCAGAGCAACACAGGAUGCAAUGUGGCAAGCCUCAGCAGUCCAGAAUGCUGCCUCAAAAGAGGAGCUACAGCCACCACCACCAUCACAGCAGCAGCAGCAGCAGCAGCAGUAGGAUGCCAGGGGUGCAGGAUAACCCUAUCGAUCUCUCCCGGCCAGAAACCGCCGUCGUCAGCAAUGACCCCAAGGAGGAUCACAACUACAGCGCCACUUUCCAGCACUGCGCUUCACGCUCUAGUGUGUCUCGCUCCAGCGUGUCAUCCCUGUCCUCUGUCGACGAGGCAUACGAGUACACCCCCCAGGCACGGCGGGCGGGCAGUGAGGGUUUCCAUAGCGACGAGGACUCGGACCUGGCGGAGGAGCUGGAGCAGGCAAAUGAUCGGCUGGGAGACAGCGGCUACGGGACACAGCAGCGUGCAGCCAAGGGUCCAGCCAGCAAGAAGCCGCGCAAGGAAGUGAAGCAGGAGAUCGACGAAGAGCUGAAGGAGGCAGCUGGGUCCUUGCUGCACCUCGCAGGCAUUCGCACGUGCUUGGAUGCCUCGAGACGCACGGCCAAGAGCAAGAGCAAGAGGCAAAGCAAAAAAUAAGGAAGCCUGCGAUUUGUUGUGGUGGUUUUUUUGUUUUGUUUUUUGUUGUUGUGUUUUUUUCAUACAGAAAAAGAAUCACACAUGGCAAUAUUAUCGUUCACAAAGGAGAUCAAAGCCAUAUUGAGACUUUUACUAAGGGAAAUGACAUAAAUAACAAGAACUGCUGUGAACAUUUUCAUCAUUUUUCUUAUAUAUAUAUAUAUAUAUAUAUA